AUCCAACUGAGAACGAUGAAUGCCAUCAGGAUGAUCCCCACAGACCGCCAUGCACCUGCAUCUGCCCCAAGAUUCCGGAGGCGGCGACCACAGAUGCCAACCUCAGCCUUACUCGCCCUGCCUGCUCUUCUCGCCCAUCAUGUGAUCCAUGCCGCAGCCGCAUGCGCCGCUGCAUCGUCCCGUGCCUUCAUCCCGCCCCCUUCCCCACACUUGCAUCAGCGAUGGUCCCCGCUCUCUGCAACCCGGUCUGACUCAUCACCCGUGUCCGAGUGGGCAGUGGACGUGCCGAUGCGGCCGCCGCCCAGCAAGAGCAUCCAGGAGUCCCUCGACAGCUGGCGGAAGCGGCUGGGCGGGCCGCUCAAGAGGGGCCGGACGUUUGUGACCGAGCGUGUGAUCCCUGAGAGGGUGCGGCGGACCAGCAAGACCAUCGCAGACAGGUUCUACACACGCAUUGUCGAAGACUGGUUCCCUCCGGAGUCCAAGGAAGUCGCCGACGCAGGUGUGUCGGGGGAAGAGAGAGGGAUGCAGUCUAGUAUGUCGUCAUCUCGUCCUUGUGGGGUGAUUGAUGGCCUGUGUGUGUCAUCCAUCAAAACAUGUAGAUGAGGCGGAGCUGUCUGGCCGUCGGGCGCUGACGUUCUCGCAGACGAUCCCUUUUGGCGGCAUGUUUCUGUCCCUGCUGUGCCUCGCCCUCCCCUUCGCUGGGCCGCCUGCCCUCGCAGGUGCCGUCGCACCCACAGCUGCUGCAUACGUGGCUGGGGCGGCCGCACAGGUAAUACGUACGCUACGCAGACACAUACAUAGAUUACAUGCACAAGCGAAAGGGCAAUGCUGUGCUGCGGUGUGGUGCACAUGGGUAUCAGAUUGAGACGGAUGCCAAGAGUGCGGUCGCCCGUAGCAGGUCGUUCUCUGCAGCUGCCUCGAUGGCCGCAGCCGAGUCGGAGGCCGCCGCAGGUGAGAAAAGAGCAGAGCGGCUGGGCUGCUUAUUUAUCCUCCGAACGACCAACUUGUUCUCUCUAUGGUUCAUUCAGCUCGUGCUGAGUCGGAGGCAGCUGCGGUGCCUUACGCGGCGGCCCUUGCAGCUCUUGGCAGUGUGCUGGCCGGCUCCCUGGCCGAGGCUGGGUUCGUGUACCCCAACCCCGGUGUGUGGGUGGGGCCUGCCAUCUCCACGUACGCCGCUGUCAGGGCCGCCGUCGCAGCUGUGUCAUCAUUCACCGAGGCCAAGGUGGCACGGGUACGGUACGCUGCCGACAGACAGACAGACAAACUCACACAACACACGGUCAUCGUAUGUGGACACCCUCACUCCUUUGAUGUGGUUGUGGUUGUCUGGGGGUGCAGGCGAGCAGCCUGCAGGAGAUGCAGGCGGCCAAGAACACCGCCGAAGCCAACCGUGCCACGGCCAUCGGCAUCCUUCUCGUCGUCGCGCCAGUGGUCUUUAGCGCCAUCAUCGGAAGUGACGCGACGAAAGGAGUCGAGACGGCAGCUGUCGCGGCGCUGACGGCGGCUGUGGCUUCGGUGUUUGCUGAGUACGCCGGUGCUGUGGCGGGUCGUGCGACGAGUGCAAAGCAGAUAGCAGCGUGCAAGACGCAGGCCGAGGUGGCCAAGGCAGAUGCGUCGGCAUCCAUCACGCCAUUCACAUCAGCAAAGGUGGGUGUGGUUGGGGGGGGGGGAUACACGGGGGGGAUCGGUCCUGUGUGGACGUGUGGAUGUGUCACACAUGUCAUGUGUGUCAUCAGGCUUCCACCGCAGCUCCGUGGGCGGUGGCCAUGUCGACGGUGCUGUCUCCACUGUUGGCAGUGGUGUACCCCGCCGUGGCCACCUUCUACAUCUUCUUCUCCAUUGAAGCGUCAUCAAAGGCCAAGUCGGAGGCCGACAUCGCCGAGGAGAUGGCCAGGUGAACCGAAUGAAUCCGCUCAUACGUCUGUGACAGUGCAUUCAUCUCCUGUUUCCGUUUCUCUGUGCCUAUCUAUCAGGGCCGACUUAGCUGAGCUGAUCCUAUACGAGAGGCGGAAGAUGAGGCGGCAGCGGGAAUCGGUGGGAGUGGAGCAGGACGAAGCCGUUGAGGAAGUGGAUGACACACAGAGAUGAAGGGCUGGCUGGGUGGGACACACGGAGAUCCGCCGGUGUGUCUAUGUGGGUGGACACGGAGUAGAUAGACAUCUUAUCUGGCC